GCUUGGCAGACAAGGAGACUGACAGACGUCCACCGCGUUCAUUGCCUUCCCCAACCAGGGAAAAUGUAAUUGGAAAUGCCCGAACAGACACACACACACUUAAAUUAUGAACACUGUUGAAAUAUGUGAUAUUCCCAUGAUUUGAAGGGUACUUGUGCGCGCACACACACACACACACACACACAUUCUAUGAUGCUGACGCAGGUCGACUGAGCCAAGCUGCCGGGGAGGAGCCAGUAACGCAAUGCGCGAAUGGAGCAGUGGCUACAGCAGGCAGCAGUGGAGCGCACCGGGUGAGGUUAGCGGCAGAGCGACACGUCGAGGCGAAACGGGUGAAUCAAGACGACAAGAGGAAACUGACCCGGCUAUGCAAGCGGACUGAGGCCAAGUAACCUGUCCAGUGACACACUGCUCUGCCUGCGCUUAUUUUCUGGACUGUUUUAUUGCCCUGCUGGCAAUGGAGAGGAAAAUGCGCAGCUGUUCUCUUGCUGUCGGUUUUAUAGUUUCCUUUCUCACACUUUAAUUCGAGCCACUUUGUGCCUGACAACCUGCAUCGCUUUUUUUCUCCUAUGACAUUGAAUCGAACGGUCGGGUUAUUCAUUCAGGAAGAAAUUGUGAGGUUACUGUGAAUCAUGACGACCAGCGCACCGCUCGUGUCGACCGUGUGCUGAAGCGAUGUUUCAGGACCAUGGAUACUUGUUUCUCUGUUUCUGGCAUAAAAAAUAAAGGCGUCACAAAUGGAUGAAGAAAUUGACACCCGAAAAAUCAACAACAGCUUCCUCCGGGACCACAACUAUGCAACUGAAGCGGUACCCCUUUUCCUCCCCAUCUCAUGCCCUGCAGCGUUUUCACAGAGCCUAUCCUAUUAUUGACCUCUGUACAGAACCCCCCCCUCCCCACAUACAUGCACCCUGCCCCCACAUUCUGAGUCUGCAUUGUUGUGUGUAGGACACCUGUCUUUCUUCCUGCUUGCCUGUCUGCCUCUGCGUCCGCUUGCCUGUCUGUCUCUCUGUGCAGGCCCACCACAUCUAUCUGUCUCUCUGACUGGCGGAAUGCUAGUAAAUUGGGACCCGUCUGGCCGCUGCCGGCUUCAGGUGGUUACGGUUUCACACGGGAGAGGUUUAGCUACCAGGCCCACACCCACCUUAGUGACCAAGACAACGCCUGACUGAACUCAUGGCAGAAGCUGACAUCAUAUCAACGGUUGAGUUCAACCCAACAGGAGAGCUGCUGGCGACGGGGGACAAGGGAGGGAGAGUGGUGGUGUUCCAGAGAGAGCAAGAGAGUAAGAACCAGCCCCACCGGAGAGGAGAGUAUAAUGUCUACAGCACCUUCCAGAGCCAUGAGCCCGAGUUUGACUAUCUGAAGAGCCUGGAGAUCGAGGAGAAGAUCAACAAGAUCCGCUGGCUGCCUCAACAGAACGCCGCCUACUUCCUUCUCUCCACCAAUGAUAAAACAGUGAAGCUUUGGAAGAUCAGUGAACGGGACAAGAGACCGGAGGGUUACAACUUGAAGGACGAGGAUGGAAGGAUCCGAGACCCCAGUACCAUCACAGCCCUGCGGGUGCCCGUGCUGCAGCCCAUGGACCUGAUGGUGGAGGCGACGCCCAGGCGUGUGUUCUCCAACGCCCACACCUACCACAUCAACUCCAUCUCCGUGAACAGCGACUACGAGACGUACAUGUCCACAGACGACCUGAGAAUUAACCUGUGGAACCUGGAGAUCACCAACCGAAGCUUCAACAUCGUGGACAUCAAGCCGGCCAACAUGGAGGAGCUGACGGAGGUGAUCACAGCGGCCGAGUUCCACCCGCACCAGUGCAACACCUUUGUCUACAGCAGCAGCAAGGGCACCAUGCGCCUGUGUGACAUGCGGGCGUCGGCACUGUGUGACAACCACUCCAAAUUCUUCGAGGAGCCGGAGGAUCCCAGUAACCGCUCGUUCUUCUCCGAGAUCAUCUCGUCCAUCUCAGACGUCAAGUUCAGCCACAGUGGGCGCUACCUGAUGACACGGGACUACCUCACCGUCAAGGUGUGGGACCUGAACAUGGAGAGCAAACCUCUGGAGACCUAUCAGGUACAUGACUACCUGAGAAGUAAGCUGUGUUCCUUGUAUGAGAACGACUGCAUCUUCGACAAGUUUGAAUGUGUCUGGAACGGUUCGGACAGCGUUAUCAUGACCGGCUCCUACAACAACUUCUUCCGCAUGUUCGACCGCAACACCAAGCGCGACGUGACCCUGGAGGCGUCGCGGGAGAACAGCAAGCCCCGCGCCGUCCUCAAGCCCCGGAAGGUGUGCGUGGGGGGCAAGAGACGCAAAGAUGAGAUCAGCGUGGACAGCCUGGACUUCAGCAAGAAGAUCCUGCACACCGCCUGGCACCCGUCCGAGAACAUCAUCGCCGUGGCCGCCACCAACAACCUCUACAUAUUCCAGGACAAGGUCAACUAAAGGUCGGCCGGACGGAGAGUGGAGCAGCGGAGUCCGGCACCCUACCUGGCCGACCAAGCUCACCUGGGGCCUAGGACAGGGCUGUGAGGCUGGGAAUCUCCAGCCACACUGCAACUUGUAAAGAG